AUCUAAACUGAAUUUCACAGUUAAAUGCAUCUCGAUAUUCGUAGAGAUAUGAUCUACAUACAAGCACAUUUCAAUCUCGCCCGGAUUCUCAUGCUUGCGAUUGGUUUGUGGCCUUAUCAGCAAACAAAACUUGUUCAAGUUCAGUUAAUUUUGAUUUCGAGUAUCCUGUCGAGCUUUAUUGUGUUCCAGUUUACAACAUUUAUAACUACCGAAUGCUCUCCUAAUCUCGUUAUUAAAAUUCUCACUUGUUCAUUAUUUGCUGCUUCACCUAUGAUCAUACAUAAUUCGUUUUGGCUUAAUAUUCAUACCGUGAAAUGUUCAUUUGAACGACUUCAGGAUAUUUGUAAUGAGCUAAAAGAUGAGAGCGAAAUUGCUAUCAUAAAAAGAUAUGGGAACGAUACGAAACGUUAUACACUUCUAAUUUUCUUGUGUGGCAUAUGCGGUAUAGUUUUCUUUAGUUUUCUGCCACUUUGGCCGCAGAUACUUAGUACUGUCCUCCCCAUUAAUAUGUCUCAAACACACCGUAUAAUGCAUAUUAUGACUGAGUACUUCGUUGACCGAGAAAAAUAUUUCUAUUUAAUUCUGCUGCAUAUAAAUACAGCUACUUGCAUUGGGAUGACAGUAGCAAUAGCAACGGGAACAGUGCUGCUUGGAUGUAUCAUACAUGCAUGUGGACUGUUUAGUAUUGCUAGAAAAAUUAUUUACAGUUAUCGUAUUAAACAGGCAAUGACAAUCAAUAUGAUGAAAAAUGCUAACCAGGAGAAUCAGAUCCUAAUUUACAGGAAAAUAGUUUGUGCUGUAAACAUGCAUUGCAAAGCUAUGGACUUCUUAGAAUUGUUAAUGUCCUCAUUUGAAGGAAUGAUCUUUCUUGUGACAGUGAUUGAUGUAAUUAUUGUGAGUCUUAGUCUUUACGGAAUUGCAUCAUCUAGAGAUAACAUCUCCGAAUUUUUUUUAUAUCUUGUAUGCAUCAGUACUACUUUCGUGUACAUAUUCGCAGCCAACUAUUUGGCACAAGAUAUUACGGAUCACAACAACGAUAUAUUUGUGACCGCAUACGACUUCCAAUGGUAUACGGCAUCAUUACGUGUACAGAAGAUGAUGCUGUUCAUGCUACAAAGAGGCACAAAAGUUUUCUAUAUGACUAUUGGUGGAUUAAUUGUGGGAUCUCUACAGAAUGCAGCCGCGGUAAAAUUGUGUAAUAUCUUAGGUUAACAAGUGCCUCGAUAUCUUAUUUCACCGUUCUUUAUUCUAUGCAAAAUUGAUAGCAAGAGGGAAGCAUAGCUGAAGAACGAAACUAUAAGAAUGUGUACAUUUAUAAAAAAUAAAGAAUCAAGCAUGCUGAA